GCGAUGACUGACUGAUCAGCUGUCGCAUCGGCGCAACGAUCCUACAACUGAGGUUAAAGAUCGGAGUUUGAAUGAACCGGCGUUAGAAACAAAAACUCGUCCCUCCCCUAGUCUUCCCACAGGAUCUUUCUCCAUGUCCGCAGUGACUCCCUCCAGUCCUACCAGUCUCAAGGCGCCGGUGCUGGUCCAGUUUCAGCUCGGCCUGUUCAGGGAGGUGGUCCAAGUCCCUGCUGGCAACCUCAGCUAUCGCCAUGCCAAGAGGCUGGCUUCAGAGAUCAUAGAGCGCAAGGCUCCAGAGUGCAGCUUGGUGGGCGUCGGAGAGAAGUUCCUGCUGUUCAGACAUCAGCCCACAUUAGAGCAGCUGCUGCACCGCCUGACAGACAGUGACGAGCUGCAGAACGGGGACCUCAUUGAGGUCAUCAUCGCAGGAUCGGCCACGGUGACUGAGAUGAGGAUCCGUCCGCACUCUCUGGUGGUGCACUCGUACCGGAGUCCCACUUUCUGUCACCACUGUGGAGAGAUGCUGUGGGGUCUCGUACGCCAGGGAUUAAAAUGUGACGGUUGUGGAUUAGACUUCCAUAAACGUUGUGCUUUCCUGUUGCCCAACGACUGCAGUCGAGCGCGGCGACAGGUCAGCACUAGCCUCUCCUUGUUCCCUCCACGACGACCCCGCACACACUCCCUGUCCAAUCAGGCGGGAGGCAGUCUGGAAGAGAUCAGCAUGACCAAGCCCUCGUCCAGGCCUCCGUCCUGGGCAGAACCUCCGGUCUGGCUGGGGGUCGGAAACGGUGACUGGAGCAGGGCUCAGGUCCCGCACACCUUUCACAUCCACAGCUACACCAAACCCACCGUCUGUCAGUACUGCCACCGGCUGCUCAAAGGUCUCUUCAGACAGGGGAUGCAGUGCUCAGACUGCAGGUUUAACUGCCAUCGGCGCUGCGAGCCGCUGGUCUCCAGAGACUGUCCAGGAGAGCGGAGAGCGGGCGUCAACGGGGAAGACACAGCGGCGGGUCACAGCUGCCAGCUAGACGCAGAGGAGGAUGAGUCAGAGCUCAGCAACAUGACAACACUAAAAGUCGAUGAUGAUGAGAUGUCCACCGACGGCGAAUCGAUGGCUGAGGCCAUGGAAGUCGAGCAACCACGAGAGCCAAUGAGUCCGUGUUUCAGCAGCAACAUCCCUCUGAUGAGGCUCGUCCAGUCGGUGCAUCACACUAAGAGGAGAGCCGGUGGAGUCCUGAGAGAGGGGUGGCUGCUGCAUCACACCAACACUGACACACUGAGGAAACGUCAUUACUGGAUCUUGGACUGGAAGAGCAUCACUCUGUACCAGAAUGACAGCAGCACCAAGUUUUACAAGGAGAUGCCUCUGUCUGAGGUGCUGCAGGUCCGAGGCCCCGCCCAGCUCUCCGUUCCCUUGUUGCCAGGCAACAGCGCCCACUCCUUCGAGGUGGUGACGGCCUCGCUGGUGUACUGCGUGGUGGCCGGCGAGAACGGGCCGGCCUGGGAGAGCGCCAUCCGUCAGGCUCUGAUGCCCGUGCAGAGCGGCAGAGGAUGCAGCAAAGACAACAAAGAUGAAGUUUCUCGCAGAGACAGCGUGGACAUCAGCUCAGUGUAUCAGAUCUUCACAGAUGAGGUUCUGGGUUCAGGACAGUUUGGAGUGGUGUACAGAGGUACUCACAGGAAGUCUGGUCGACUGGUUGCCAUCAAAGUCAUUGACAAGACGCGCUUCCCCACCAAACAAGAGAGACAGCUGAGGAAUGAAGUAGCCAUCUUGCAGAGUCUGUCCCACCUCGGCGUGGUCCUGUUGGAGGGGAUGUUUGAGACCGCCGUGUACGUCUUCGUCGUCAUGGAGAAGCUCCACGGAGACAUGCUGGAGAUGAUUCUGUCCAGCGAGAGAGGACGACUCCCUGAACGCAACACUCGCUUCCUGGUCACGCAGAUCCUGGAGGCUCUGCGGUAUCUGCAUUUAAAACAUAUCGCUCAUUGUGACCUGAAACCUGAGAAUGUGUUGCUGGCGUCUGCGGACCCUUUCCCUCAGGUGAAACUGUGCGACUUCGGCUUCGCCCGCAUCAUCGGCGAGAAGUCGUUCCGUCGCUCCGUCGUGGGCACGCCCGCCUACCUGGCGCCCGAGGUCAUCAGCUCCAACGGCUACAACCGCUCGCUGGACAUGUGGUCCGUGGGGGUCAUCAUGUACGUCAGCCUGAGCGGCACCUUCCCCUUCAACGAGGACGAGGACAUCAGGCAGCAGAUCACAAACGCUGCCUUCAUGUACCCGAAACAUCUCUGGGCCUCCAUCUCACUGGAGGCGGUGAGUCUCAUCAAUAACCUUCUGCAGGUGUCGGUGAGACGGAGGUACAGCGUUGGCAAAGCGCUGGGACACCCCUGGCUGCAGGACUUCCAGGUGUGGUGCGACCUCCGAGAGUUCGAGCACAAGAUGGGCUGCAGGUAUCUGACGCACCAAAGCGACGAGGAACGCUGGAGGCGCUACGCCCUGGAGAAA